AUGUCGUCGACUCGUGAAGCCAUCUUCGCCGAACCCAGCAAAACGCACAUGAAAUAUGUAAGCCACCGAGAGUUACAAAUGGAAUUACCCGCAAUCAAGGACCUCAGGGUCGCCGAGCAGUCGGGGCCUGGUCUACCAAGGUCGUGCCACGCUCGUGAGGAUUCUGAUACCAAGCUUACUGUCUCUCUCAUAAUGAUGCCGAUUUCGAUCAACAUUGCCGUCCAGAAGCCGCUCCCCGGGGUCGAGCCUGACACGACUAGCACCAAGACGGUUCAGCGGCAGUCCAUGCAACAGCCGGCAAAUCGGCUCAGGUUCGACCUGAACUGCCGCUACUACGCAACUCGAGAUGAUAUUCCCCAGUGCUUAACAUCCUUGUGGAGGUAUCUGCUUCUCCCAAAGCACCAAAAACAACUGGCAGGAUGGGAGUUGCUGGGGAGAAGGUUGAGACGUGGGCAAAACAUCGAGGACAAGACGCCGAAGAUUGUAUUUUUGGAAAUGAGGUUUGCUCAUAUUUGGCUAACCUACGACCAAAUGGGCGUUGCGAGACGUGCGUUUCUGGAUACUAUGGAAGCCCUUAGAGACAUCAUGUCAGGGUUGGCAAGGGCGAAUGCCGACGAGCGAGGCACUCUCGAUUGGAGGAAGGUUUUUUCGUUUGCCUGUCAUCCUCGCAUUGCCAGUGACUGUAAAAGGCCGUGGGGCAUCGAGCCAGCAGGAUAUUACUGUCACCCUCUCGAACAGGGUGGGCCAAGUGGUAGUGCGCAGAAGGCAACCCAGGAGCUUCUCCUCAAGUACAUGGAGGUAUGCUUCAAACCCGGCCGAGUCUUGACUAUGUGCGGAACGCUGAAAGAGCAUGCUCAGGUGACAGAUCCCGUUUGUGGAAUGAAAUUGGCGACGACCUCGAGUUCCGUCGCCCUUCGAGAGGCUCGCAGGCGAGUUGACCGGAGCGACGACAACACACAACCUCUCUGGAAUGCCAUUAUGUUUUCUUCGGUUCUCGGGCCCAACCCUCUUCAGCUCGAUGUUGACUUGGCCGUCUUCACAACAAAGAAGGUCGUCAAGUGGUACGACGAGCUUCUUUCCUUGUGUAAGGUUGCUGUGCAAUCUCAAGGCAUUGAGAGUCGAGUGGACAUUGCGGUCACCCUUGCUAAAAAACUGCAAGUAGCGUCUGAACGGGGAGACGCCGCAUCAGAUAGAGUGUCAGUCACAUCCGAGUCCGCGUCUGAGAAGACUCUCUGUGGUGAGAAAGAUUGGGGUUUAGGCAAGGUGACUGUUGUUGAAAUCGAGGAUGUCAGGGAUUCGGCGAGGUACGAGGAUCGAGAGGAGCUGGCUCAGCCCAGAAAGGCAAGAUGGUGGAGAAGAGUGCUGGCAUCUUUCGUCACCAAAGUCCGGGCCUCGCAUCGCCAACGGCAACAGGAUGAGGCAAGCAAGCUCGUUCGUCGUUCAUUGGAGAUCAGCCGCAAAAGAACCGAGCUGAGCAAACGUGUUGUUGAGUGCAAGCCUCUUCCCGAAUUCUACUUGAAAAGUCAUCCAGGUAACUGA